AUGCACAAUUUGUUCGUUAGUUGUGUCACUGACUUGAAAUUCAAGGUCACCCUUCAAGGUGAAUCGAAAAAUCAAGGUCACUCAGAAACUCAAGGUCACACUUCAAGGUCACCCGAAAAACUCAAGGUCACACUUCAAGGUCACUCGGAAACUCAAGGUCACGUUUCAAUGUUACAUUUCAAGGUUGGCAUCGAAGGUCAGCUCUCAAGGUCGUUUGGCACCGAAGGUCGGCGCUCAAGGGCGUCCCAGAACAUACAAACCCGAUCUACUUGCAGCCACUGUCAUUUUGAAAUACACGGUUCUGAGACUUCAGUGUAACACUGA